UUGGAAAGCGAGAGAACAUUGACACGGUCAUUUGACUACUCCGGAAAGUGAAAGUAGACUUUUUUGGAAUUCUUUUUUUUCAAUUGUUCAGAAAGUCCACAUUUUGUCACGACCAUUUGCCUGGAAAACUGCUGGCUGUAUAGAAACGAUGGCUUCUUCACUGGAAGAGGAACUGUGUUGUCCGGUGUGCACUGAUAUCUACACGGACCCUGUCCUACUGAGCUGCUCUCAUACCUUCUGCAAGUCCUGUAUUCAGCGGUCCUGGGCCAGCCAAGGCUCCAGGGUGUGCCCCAUCUGCCGGAAGACGCAUCCUCAGGAGGAGCCUCCAGCUAACCUGGUGCUGAGGAACCUGUGUGAGCGCUUUAUGCAGGAGAGGAGCCAGAGAGGAGCUCUCUGCAGUCUCCACGGAGACAAGCUCAGGCUGUUCUGUCAUGACGACAAGGUGCUUGUGUGUUUCUCGUGUCGAGACUCAAGGCUGCACAAGGGCCACAGCUUCAGUCCCGUGGAUGAGGUUGCAGCGGAUCGCAAAGAGGAGUUGAAGGUCAAACUAGACCCUCUGAAGAAGAAGCUGGAGGCUUUCAAGAAAGAAAAACGUGUCUGUGAUGAAUCAACCAAAUACAUCAAGACUCAAGUCCAGCACACAGAGAAGCAGAUCAAGAAGGAGUUUGAGGAGCUUCACCAGUUCCUUCGAGAUGAAGAGGCUGCCAGGAUAGCAGCACUGAGGGAAGAAGAGGAGCAGAAGAGUCGGAUGAUGAAGGACAAGAUUGACAAGAUGAGCAGAGAGAUCACAUUUCUCUCAGACACAAUCAGGGUCAUACAAGAGGAGAUACAAGCAGAUGACAUCACAUUUAUGCAGAACUACAAGUGCACAGUGGACUGGAUGUGGCUCUGGCACGCUCCAGAGAGGUCUUCAGGAGCUCUGAUCAAUGUGGCAAAGCACUUGGGCAAUCUGAAAUUCAGAAUCUGGGAGAAGAUGCAAGAGAUUGCACAUUACACUCCUGUCAUUCUGGAUCCCAACACUGCACAUCCAGGACUCAACCUCUCUGAGAAUCUGACCAGUGUCAGCUUUGGCAGUGACAUAGGUCUACAGCAGCUCCCCGAUAACCCAGAGAGAUUUGAUUAUCGCCAAUGUUUGCUGGGCUCUGAGGGCUAUGACUCCGGAACACACAGCUGGGAUGUGGAAGUUGCAUAUGGGGAGGGAACAUUCUGGAGUGUAGGCGUGAUGCUUGAGUCCAUCUCCAAGAAGGGAGAGGCUAACUCGCUAAUUGGAGACUGGGGUGUGGGUUAUAUCAGAGGGACAUUGUACCAAUGGUCCACACCACAGCCCCCCAUUCUUCUCACAGUGACUCAGACACCCAAGAGGAUCAGAGUGCAGCUAGACUGGAACAGAGGAAGGCUGUCAUUCUCUGACCCUGACAGUAACACACUCCUCUACGCCAUCACACACACUUUCACUGAGAGAGUGUUUCCAUACUUUAAGGGCUCUCCUAUGAGGGUUCUACCAGUGAAGACCUCAGUAAGAGUAGAGCAGAGCUGAUUGAUAAUUGCUCUCACAUGUUUUCAUUUCGUUCUG